AAGUGUGGAUACCCAGGAAGGCUACAACUUGACAAAGCUUCACGGAUUUUUUUCUUUACUUUUUUGAUUAAUCACAUGAAUCAAUUUUUUUUCCGGAUAAAAUUCGUGUAUUUUUAAAAGGCCCUUGAAUUAAUGCUCCCCCUUGCAAGCAUAGGUAUUUAUUCAUUACUGCCCCUGACGCCGUUCUUAAGUAUAUAGUUAUGAUGCUGAAAAGCCGUACUGUUUAGAGCCCAUUUUCAUCCUUUAUUCGAAAGUUGGAACAGGACUGAUUUUCAAACACCUUGAGUGGGCUUCAGUAGGAUUCAAGACGAAAAAUAGCGCGUGGAUUAUACCUCCUGGUCAAGUAAUCAAGUUGAGAAUAUCUUCAAUACGGUGGGCGAGUGAAGACGGACAUCCACCUCAACCAGAUAUGAAGAUCAGAUGCCUCUUGUCACCUCUGUUCGUCUCCCUCUUCAUUUUAUUCUUCCUCUUCGGCCAAUUCCACUUGUCGAAGGAAGGCGGGGCCGUCUCUUCCUACGCAAGCGCUACCUAUGAAUCCAUAGAAAGCGAAGGUUAUAAGGAGAGAGAAAGAAUAGGAGAAAGUGGAGAAGAGGAAGGGGCAAGCAGCGAAAUACCGGGAAUACGAUUCCACUUGUCGAAGGAAGGCGGGCCAUUUUCUACCUACGCAAGCGAUACCUAUGAAUCCAUAGAAAACGAAGAUUAUAAGGAGAGAGAAAUAAUCGAUGAAGAGGAAGGGGCAAGAAGCGAAAUACCGGGAAUAAGAAAAGAAGUAACAGAGAAAGGAGAGAGAUUCGAGGACUCAGAGAAACGACAAAAAAUGGUGAUUUUGUGGACAGGUUGGAGGAGCGGAUCGUCGUUCAUGGGCCAGGUGUUGGCUGGGGCCGCCAAUGCGACGUUCUACAGCUACGAGCCCCUCCACAUGUACGGCGUGAAGGUGAUGGACCAGGAUGACGCAAGGACCCGCAGCGCCCUGGCACUCAUGAAGGACCUCCUGCUGUGCCGCCUCGACAGCCACUCGGACCAAGUGUUCUACAUGGGCAGGUGCGACUUCUACCUCAGCCAGAACGUCUACCUGAGGGACCGAUGCCUGAGAGGUGAUCGUAAUGACAAACAAAGCCCGUGUCGGAACGCCUCCCACGUGGCCGGAGUGUGUCGCUCUGCGGACAUGAACGUCAUAAAGGUGCUUCGUCUCAGCCUGCAGUUCGCGCGACCUCUGUUGGAAGACGAUGACCUCGACGUCCAGAUCAUCUACAUGGCUCGUGACCCCCGCGCCGUCCUCAGUUCGAGGAUAAAGGCUUUCUGGUGCACAGGCAUAUGUUCGGACCCUCAGACGAUGUGCCCGCUUCUUGAGGGCGAUCUCAAGGAGGCGGCUCUGCUCUCCAAAGAAUAUCCCACGAGCCACUCGGACCAAGUGUCCUACAUGGGCAGUACCGAGUUCUACCUCCGCCAUAACGUCUACCUGAGGGACCGCUGCCUGAGGGGUGGUCCCAAGGACAAAGCGCGCCUGUGUCGGAACGCCUCCUACGUGGCCGGAGUGUGCCGCUCUGCGGACAUGAACGUCAUAAAGUAUACAGUUGUUACUGUACUGAUGGGCCAGAGUAAUUCAAUUCACUAA